AUGUCUUGCUACGACCUGUGCUCCACCUCUGUCGGCGGCGUCUACCGCCCCCAGCCCCUCGCUGACAGCUGCAACGAGCCGUGUGUCCGUCAGUGCCCUGACUCCACGACUGUGAUCCAGCCACCCCCGGUUGUCGUCACCCUCCCUGGCCCCAUCCUCAGCUCCUUCCCUCAGGAUUCGUUUGUGGGAUCCUCUGGAGCACCCGUCCUUGGGGUCUAUGGAGGCUAUGGGGGGCUGUACGGCUAUGGGGGCUACGGCUCCCCGGGCCGGGGGGGGCCGUACGGCCACUGGGGGCUUUGGCGCCCGGGGGGUCGGUACGGCUAUGGGGGCUAUGGCUCCCUGGGCUGGGGGGGUCUGUACGGCUAUGGUAGAUCCUAUGGUUCUGGCUCUUGCAGCCCUUACUCCUACUGGAACAAUAGGUACAACCGUGGCAGCUGCUGGCCCUGCUAA